AUGACAACCAUUUCAGUGCUAAAGGAGGAGCUGGUUUCCACUGAUAGUGAGCUGCAGGCAGUAGAGAUCCAGAUUCAGGAACUUCUGGAAAGACAACAGGAGCUUAUUCAUAAGAAGACGGUGUUAAAGAAUAAAAUAAAACAAUUUUCAGAAGAUUCAGAGGCUGGGGAAAGUGAAGAAACUGAAACCUCAGCUGAGGCCUGGAACAAACAAGACUUCCCAUGGUGUGAGAAGAUCAAAGCUGCACUUCGUAAUAGCUUUAAACUCCAGAAGUUUAGGUCUCUGCAGCUUGAAACAAUAAAUGCUACAAUGGCAGGAAAGGAUAUAUUUCUUGUCAUGCCUACUGGAGGUGGAAAGAGUUUGUGCUAUCAGUUACCUGCAGUAUGUUCUGAAGGUUUCACACUUGUGAUCUGUCCUUUGAUCUCACUUAUGGAAGAUCAGCUAAUGGUUUUAGAACAGCUGGGAAUUUCUGCAGCUUUAUUAAAUGCUUCAAGCAGUAAGGAACAUGUCAAGUGGGUUCACAAUGAAAUGCUGGAUAAGAAUUCGCAGCUAAAACUCAUUUAUGUUACUCCAGAGAAGAUUGCAAAAAGCAAAAUGUUUAUGUCAAAAUUGGAGAAAGCUUAUCAAGCAGGGAGACUCACUCGUAUUGCUGUGGACGAGGUUCAUUGUUGUAGUCAAUGGGGACAUGACUUCAGGCCUGACUACAAGUCACUUGGUAUCUUAAAACGACAAUUUCCCAAUGCUCCAUUGAUUGGGUUGACUGCAACUGCAACAAGUCAUGUUCUGAAGGAUGCUCAGAAAAUUUUGUGUGUUCAGAAAUGCAUUACCUUUACUGCAUCUUUCAAUCGGCCCAAUCUUUACUAUGAGGUUCGUCAAAAACCUUCAAACAGUGAGGACUUCAUUGAGGACAUUGUUAAGAUCAUCAAUGGAAGAUACAAAGGGCUCUCAGGAAUUAUCUACUGUUUUUCACAGAAGGACUCAGAGCAAGUUACCAUUAGUUUGCGGAAACUGGGAAUUAAGGCAGAUGCUUACCAUGCAAAUCUGGAGCCCAAAGAUAAGACCAGAGUUCACAAGGGAUGGGCAGCCAAUGAAAUACAGGUCGUAGUGGCAACAGUUGCAUUUGGCAUGGGAAUUGAUAAGCCAGAUGUGAGGUUUGUAAUUCAUCAUUCAAUGAGCAAAUCCAUGGAGAACUACUAUCAAGAGAGUGGACGUGCAGGUCGAGAUGACCAGAAAGCUGACUGCAUUUUAUAUUAUGGUUUUGGAGAUAUAUUCAGAAUCAGUGGCAUGGUAGUGAUGGAGAAUGUGGGGCAACAGAAACUAUAUGAUAUGGUAUCCUACUGCCACAACAUGAGCAAGUGUCGCCGUGUAUUGAUUGCUCAGCAUUUUGAUGAAGUGUGGGAUUCUGCAAACUGCAACAAAAUGUGUGAUAACUGCUGUAGAGAGAAGCUUUCGUUUGAGAGAAUGGAUGUAACAGGAUACUGCAGGGAUCUAAUCAGAAUACUAGAGCAAGCGGAUAAGAUGAGUGAAAAACUCACUCCAUUGAAAUUAAUCGAUGCCUGGCUGGGCAAAGGUGUGUCAAAGUUAAGAGUGGCUGAUGUUGUUCCUCCAACACUCCCUCGUGAUGAACUGGAGAGGAUUAUUGCCCAUUUCAUUCUGCAGCAGUAUCUGAAAGAAGACUUCAGUUUCACAGCAUUUGCCACAAUAUCCUACUUGAAAAUAGGACCCAAAGCUGAUCUGCUGAAAAAUGAGGCACAUGUUAUCACCAUGCAAGGGAGAUCAAACAAAAAAAGUGUUGACAAGCUCAAAUCUCCUCAGUCUUCUAAUUCUGGAGGGAUUGGUGGAAACGUACGAGAAGACAUUUCUGAGACUGUCCAAAACUCUGCUGCAAAGAAGACAAAAGCACAGAAUCGGCGCCAUUGUGAGAACAAACCUAAAGCAAAGAAGCUUAAGCUCGAGGAUGACGACGACUAG